AUUUACCACAGAUUUCCCAUGAACAAUGAGAAAUAUCAGAUGAAAUAUCAGUGGAAGUAUCAUUAGUGUGCUAAAGGAAACCUGUUCACCUAGAGUUCUAAAGCAGCUGUUUUAAGAAAGAAGGGGAAACAACAUUCACAGAAUGUCCCUGGCUGCUUAUUGUGUCGUCUGUUGUAGAAGAAUGGGAACCUCAACUCCUCCUCCAAAGAGCAGCACAUACUGGAGAGAUAUCAGAAACAUAAUAAAGUUUACCGGAUCACUUAUUUUAGGAAGUUCGCUAUUUCUUACAUAUGAACUUCUGGCCCUGAAGAAGUCUUUGACAUUAGAUACUCAAGUGGUAGAAAGAGAAAAAAUGAAGUCAUAUAUAUGUAUGCACACAGUUGUUUUAGAUAAAAGAGAAAAUCAUGGACUCAUUUACCAGGCGCGAAAAGAGCUUCACAAAACAGUAAGAAGAAUAUUGGCAACCUCGGCCAAGAUAUUACAGGGUCCAUUUGCUGACACUUUUAGCACAGUUGACAUGGAAGAUCAUGAAUGUGCCGCGUGGCUGCUCCUGAAGAGGAGCAGGUCGGGUGACAGGACGGCCCGAUUGCAGGCUGUGCAGGCCAUGUCGGAGGCCCACCACUGGAAUGAUUACCAGUAUAGGACAAUUGCUCAAGCCUGCGAUCUGAGAACGCGUAUUGGUUUGGCACGAAGCCAAGAGAGUGAUCUUCGCUUUUUUCUCCCUCCACCUCCUUUACCAGCUUUAAAUGAAGAUUCUUCCAUUGAAGAAGAGCUCAGACGCUUGCUGGCUUCUUUACCUCAAACGGAGCUGGAUGAGUGUAUCCAGUAUUUUACAUCUUUGGCUCUGAGUGAAAGCAGUCAGAGUCUAGCGGCUCAGAAGGGUGGCUUAUGGUGUUUUGGAGGAAAUGGACUUCCUUAUGCUGAGAGCUUCGGAGAAGUUCCUUCAGUGACCGUGGAAAUGUUCUGUUUAGAAGCUUUAGUAAAGCAUUCGGAGAUACCCACACAUUGUGAUAAAAUCGAAGCAAGUGGAGGCUUGCAACUACUUCAGAAGAUGUACCAACUACACAAGGACUGCCCCAAAGUACAGAGAAAUAUAAUACGUAUCAUUGGAAAUAUGGCUUUGAACGAACAUCUUCAUUCAACUAUAGUUCAAUCAGGCUGGGUUUCCUUACUGGCAGAAGCACUGAAGUCUCACCACAUUGUGGAGGCCUCACACGCCGCCAGAACCCUGGCUAACCUAGACCGAGAGACGGUGCAAGAAAAGUACCAGGACGGCGUGUACGUGCUUCACCCCCAGUGUCGCACAAGUCAGCCCAUUAAAGCAGAUGUCCUUUUUAUUCACGGCCUUAUGGGAGCAGCAUUCAAGACGUGGCGUCAACAGGACCAGGCGCUAACUGAAAAGGUUUCAGGGGAUGAAACCAGGUAUACAACAUGUUGGCCCAAGACAUGGUUAGCAAGAGACUGUCCCGCUCUCCGAAUUAUCUCUGUGGAGUACGACACCAGCCUUAGUGACUGGAGAGCGAGGUGCCCGACAGAAAGAAAAUCCAUUGCAUUCAGGAGCAAUGAACUUCUUCAAAAACUCCGAGCUGCUGGUGUUGGGGACAGGCCGAUGGUUUGGGUGUCACACAGCAUGGGGGGUCUUCUUGUCAAGAAGAUGCUGUUGGAAGCGUCUCAGAAUCCAGAGAUGAGCACUGUUAUAGACAACACCCGAGGGAUAAUCUUCUACAGCGUCCCUCACCACGGGUCCCACCUGGCCUCAUUGGAAGUCAAGGAACUCAGCAAGGAUUCUCCUGCGCUUAAGGCACUACAGGAUGACUUUCUGGAGUUUGCUAAAGACAGAAACUUCCAGGUGCUGAGUUUCGUCGAGACCCUGCCAACCUCCAUUGGGAGCAUGAUUAAACUCCACGUGGUGCCCGUGGACUCAGCAGAUUUAGGCAUUGGAGAUCUAAUUCCUGUGGAUGUGAACCACCUGAACAUUUGUAAGCCAAAGAGAAAGGAUGCCUUUUUGUACCAGCGUACCUUACAAUUCAUCCGUGAAGCUUUAGCCAAAGACCUUGAAAACUGACCAUUACCUUCCAUUUUUCAUGUGAACACAGUGCAAGAAGCUCGGUGGUCUCUUUCGAAGCACUCAUGCAAACACAGCCGCUGUGGCAUCAGCGUGGUCUGGAGCAUGUUGCAGGCAACAGAACACUGCAAAGCACAAACGCAGAAGUGGCGAUCAAAGAAGGAAGGGCUGACGGAUUCUUUCCAUUUCAAGGAGCUCCAUGUGUGCAGUUUAUGCUGUGCAGUGUCGUCCCUGGUGAACAAGCUGCUGUGGGUAGAGAAUACCUUUUGUCACCUGUGACCGUCUAUAGCUUACCCUUGCGGAGCACUGAUGGCUUCUGAAGGGAUAGCGAAUCGUCAGCUUACCAUAACAAUGCUAUUGGGAGAGUACCUAGAAUGGGCAGGAGAACGAUCUAGAACAUAAGACUGUUUUUGUUCUGGGAUUCCAUGUGCUGUAAAUUUUUACUAACAUGUAAGUAUAAACCUUUGUCUAACAUGUUAACUGUUAGACCUGUUGCCAGUCAUGGCUCAGUUCCUUGUAUGUUUUUAUUUUCAUAUGGCUGAGAACAGAUAUUUCUCUUCAAAAAAUCUAGCUUACAGAAAUUCUUAACAGACUUUAGCUACCUAUACUUGUAUUUUUCUCAGAUAAAGUAGCUAAUCCAUUAUUGAUCACAGUGUGAAUAAAACUAUCUAAGCCAUUACAUAGAUUAGUAAUACUUAGUAUCAAGAUUCUCAGGUUUUCUUGAGGCCAAGUAAAAUAUCCCUUUCUUUCCUGCUCCUUUGACCUCCAGCAAGUGAGAAAUAGGAAAUCAUGUUGACUUUUUCUAAAUAAUGGUAUUAUUGAAAUAUACACAUUUCAUAAUAUUUACCCUCUUAACUCAAGGUCGUUUAUUUUUAGUAUAUUUACAGAGUUGUGCAAUCAUUGCCACUGAUCUCAGAACAUUUUUCAUCCCCCCAAAUAACCCCAUAACCCGUAGCAAUCACUCCUCACCUUGUCUCCCCCCAGCCCUGGAAAACACUAAUCUACUUCGUCUCUAUGGAUUUGCCUAUUUUGGACUUUCAUAUAAAUGGAAUUAUACACUA